CAGAGUUUGUUAGUACUAUGGAUGUGAAGAAACCCAAGAAGAGGAAGAAGAGGAAAAGCCUUAUUGUGCAGAAGAGAGAUCAUCAUAGCUACAAGCGGAAGAAAGAGACUCAAGAUGCUGGGCCGGGUCAAAGGGAGUUCAUAGACACCCCAGAGAAUGAAGUUGCUGCCAAAGAGACCAAUUUGCCCGAAAUACAACCCUCCAUUGAUGAUGAAAACCCAGCUAAUUGUACAAGGAUGGAUGUGGAGAAACCUAAGAAGAAGAGGAGGAAGAAGAAAAGCCUUAUUGUGCAGAAGAGAGAUCAUCAUAGCUACAAGCGGAAGAAAGAGACUCAAGAUGCUGGGCCGAGUCAAAGGUAA